GGGUUCUUCUCCUCAGUACUCAAUGCCACCAAGAACGGUUCAAUUUUUACUUGUCUUGUUCAUUACUAUCAUAGUUAAAGCCCAUAAAAACCUUAUGUAUCACUGGGGUACUGCAGAGAAAAUCCCUAUCACGAGCAUGCUAUCAAAGAUUAAUACUUGCCUUCGUAUCUAUCAAAACAGGAGUAUUAUUCUUGUUGGACAUGGGGUUUCAAAUGAUCUUGCUGCGUUAAAAUCUCUUGGGUUUGAUUUCCAAAAAAAUCGGGUUAUUGCAAAAUUGGAUACAUAUCUACUUGCACAAGAUUUGCAAAUGGGAGAUUUUACCUUGAAGAAUCGACUUAUGGAGCUGAAAUGUCCUUGCAAUUUCAAAUUUCAUAAUGCAAGCAACGACACAAAUUUUGCGCUUCGGGCGUUGCUAUUGCUAGGCAUCAAGGCUAUUGGGGCGGCGGAAAGCAACGAAACGUCAGAAAGAGUUAAGAUACUUUGGUGGAUCGCGAUGGAAGAGGUAUUAUCACCGAAAAAGAAGAAAUUCACGCAAUUUAAGCUACCCGAGGCUCAAGAAUCUGAAUCGAAUCGAUCGAAUCAACUAACCCCAAAAUACUACCGACAAGACGAUAAGACGAAGAUAUGUAGAGACGGCAGAGGAGGAAAAAGGCUUUACCAUAUUCAUCGACCUGGGAUUGUGCUAGACUCCCGCGUGUACCACGUCCAGGAUGAUAUUGUCCCCUCCUACCCCCCGAAAGACCUUCGCAGAGGCACCGACGAGUCGAUUAUGAAGGAGCAGCUCUAUUACUUUAAGAAAGCUAGAAGCUAG